UAUUUACAACCUUUUCAAUCAGUGGUUAUACAACGCAUUUGUAGUUAUGGCUAUGUCCGGUUAUAUAAUAUAUUUUGUGAAGUGCAGUUGCUACUGUAACAAUGACGUCAAUGGAGGGCGGUACUGUUUAAUUCCAUUCAAGCGGUCUGUGUCUGACGAAUAGUUUUUGCUAAUCUCCGGAAAAACUCACACGUGGCCAUUCAUUUUCAAUAAAGGGUGUACACGCUGUUGAAAAAGCAGUGUUUAGUUUAAAAUUGCCCAUGUUAUCACAGCUCACAAUUAAUUUUAAAUAUAAACUAAACGAGGGUAUUUAUUUAGCAUCAGGUUUGAAUUAUGAUACCACAAUGAAAGAAUCUAGUAUUAUUUUCCAGCUAUAACCCCCCCUCCGGAAAAACAUGGUAGCUUCUAAUCUACGUCAACACUACCUGAUGUAACACUUUCGCCGGGUGACUAGUGAAAGAAUGAAUUGGGAAGAGCUGCAUUUUAAUAUGGUUGUAAACGUAUUGUACUUGUAGGUUUAGUGUAGUAAUAGUAUGGUAUAGAUUCUAUACAAUAUCCCUUGUGUUGAAGUAAACGUCUGCCUAAUAAUAUACAAAGGGUAAGAUAUACUAGUACAACGGGAUACAGGUGAUUUUUUUCAGUUCAGUCAGCACGCGUUAUGUAUCCAGUCCGUCAGUGUUCGAUCCUGCUACAGAGAGACAUCCUGCUACAUUGUUCCUCUUCGUUGGUGACCGGGUCACCUGUGAGAAGAGCGGCCGGGUUACAAAAGCUUUCUGCCCCGCCGGCUGCUUUGUUCUGCCAGACAGUUUGUAUGGACAAUCUACCCACCAACAAAGCAGCGACUGCAGCUACGGCCAUCGCCGGAAGACCUUCUUUGCCUGUGUCGGUGUGCUCAAGAACAGUGUGUUCCAUGGGCAACAGCACCAGCAGACUGUACAGCGCCCUGGCCCAGACGUUAAGCAGCAGUCCCGCUCCCCAGCAGGAGGAGUACAGUGAGCAGCCUGCCGAUGUGGUGUCCAUUGACCCAGAUGACCUCCUCAAGGAGUGCGAGAUGGUCCUGCACAACCGGCCGGCCAGAGUGCAGCGGGCCUUUGCCUUCCCUAGAAACAACAUGCCCAGCACCCACCACCGGCCAAUCAGAGUUAUGCAGUGGAACAUCCUCGCACAAGCUCUUGGGGAAGGAAAGGACAAUUUUGUUCAGUGUCCGCUGGAUGCUUUGAACUGGGCAGAGCGCAAGUACCUCAUCCUUGAGGAGAUUCUCAUGCACAGGCCAGAUAUCUUGUGCCUGCAGGAAGUAGAUCACUACUUUGACACCUUCCAGCCUAUCCUGAACAGCAUGGGCUACCACUCCAGCUUCUUACCCAAGCCCUGGUCACCCUGCCUGGACGUGGAGCACAACAACGGACCAGAUGGCUGCGCUUUGUUCUUUAAUCGAGACAGGUUUGAACUGGUGGACAGUGUUAACAUACGUCUGGUAGCCAUGAUGCUGAAGACCAACCAGGUGGCUAUAGCUCAGACCCUGAGGUGCAAGGAGACAGGGAGGCUGUUUUGUGUUGUCGUCACGCACCUCAAAGCUCGCAGUGGCUGGGAGAGGUUCCGCUCUUCCCAGGGCUCUGACCUCCUUAAGAAUCUGCAGUCCAUCACAGAGGGGACUGGCAUCCCCUUUCUGAUUUGUGGGGACUUCAAUGCAGAGCCCACUGAGGAUGUCUAUAGAAACUUUGCGACCUCCAGCCUCAACCUGAACAGCGCCUACAAGCUGCUCAGCGAGGACGGACAGUGUGAGCCCCCCUACACCACAUGGAAGAUCCGCCCGUCUGGGGAAAGCUGCCACACGCUGGAUUACAUCUGGUACUCCCAGCAUGCCUUCAGUGUGGACUCCGUUCUGGACUUCCCCACAGAGGAGCAGAUCGGACCCAAUAGGCUGCCGUCCUAUAACUAUCCUUCAGACCACCUGUCACUAGUCUGUGACUUUAGUUUUAACGAUGAACCAGACAGACUUUUAUAGGCUUAAGACUUCACAGCACUUUGUAUGCACUUCUUUUUAAAUGUUUUUAUUUAUAUUAUAUAUAUAUAUAUAUAUAUAUAUAUAUAUAUAUAUAUAGUGCUGCUAAUCUUAAAAGGUAUAGGGUAUCAUCUAUUCUGUUUUAAGCAACAGCACUGAUAUCUUUAUUACUGGUAAAGGCUGUGGAAAGUAUAGCCAAGUCUUAAGGUGUGCUGCUAAAACGAGAAAAAUUAAGAUCUUGUUUGCGAAAAUACAGUAAAUGACUGAGCACAAAGGAAUUCAGAAAUGUAUUUUUUGUUACUGUUUUGUGGACACAUUUGUGUUGCAUUUUUAUAUAUAGCUCAAAAGCAAUAUAUUAUAAAAAAUAUAUAUUAAAAUCGCAGGUGGUGGGGUAAAGCUUAAAAUAAACCAUAUUUUAACACUUCCAAUACUCUCUAUGUAAAACUUUAUAAACAAAUGUGAUUUUGAAUUUAUGGUUUAUACAAAUAGAAUGCAUUUGCAAUGCUACUUUAAUUUGUUGAUAUUUCACUAUUUAAAAAUGUUAAUUUGAUUUGGGAUUAAUUGCCUUAGUGUACAUGGGCCUAUAUUUUCCACUGUGGACAAAAUGCCCCACGGUGUACUGCAACACAGCUGCCUCUACUUCUACUUUUAAAACACAUUCACACUUUAGUAAAGUUGUUUAGGUACACACAGACAUUUCACAGUAUUUGUAUGCUUAUGGACUUAAAUAAAAACGUCCUAUAAAGCAUCCUAGAGUAAGCAUUGCAUGCAUCUGCUGGUUUGUGGUGCUCAUUAGCUUCUUACUUCAUAUCUAAGGAUGGCUGAAUAGACAACUGCCUGAUCGUUGAAUACAUUAUGCAAAUUAUUUGAAUGAGUAAGCCUUCUUAUUCAGGGACACCAUGAUAAAGUAUUUUGUAAGUAAACUGGUUGGUUGAAAUGAGCAACACAUUUAUUCACGCCCAGGAACCAAAACCUUUUCCUCUGUACACACUGUAGCCUUCCAACAGUAAAAUAUGUGGCAGUGAAAAUCUGUUAAAUAAAUUAAUUAAAUGAACUUGCCCAAUAAUAAAGUUUUACAUAUGUAGGUUUUGAAAUGUACAGUAAUUGAAAUGUGUGUUUGUUGCUAUUUUAAAUUUAAAGACAAUCUGCUUAAUAUAACUCUGCACAAGUAAAUACUGUGUCCCCCUGGCCUUGCAGAUGGACAUAUCUGCACAUAUUUGUUUGAAUUGAUGCUAAAAUAAUUGAGACUGAGACAUGAUUCAUAAUCUGCUAUUUUACAGAUUU